AUGGCGCCUUACAGCACCAACAGUAUCACCCAACUUUGCAGAUUGGUUAAAGAAGACAAGAACACCACUGGUAUUAGAGAGUCCACUUGGAAAGCCAGAGAAUCCAGUUUAUGUGCCCACUAUUGCCAACUGUUGACUGAGAUCAGCGCUGUUGUGACCAAUCUCAGCGCCCCAUUACAACUUCACAGACAGAAACCCGCCUCUGUUGAUUUGGAGCUGGCUGAGUUUCAUAAUCUGCUCCCAACACUUGAAUUCUGGGCCCAGCAGCUCCACCUCAUGAAGGAGCUGCACCAAGGUUUAACUAAACUGAUCACCAGACUGCUACCCCAGCUGCUCCCCGAUGGUGGCCAUGAUUCUGCAGAAGCUGUGACGGUGGAGAACAUGAUAUUGCUGGUGGAUACCCUGCUGAAAAGCACCUCUCUUAAAGAUAAGGUGCUGAAAAGUCCCACUCAAAUCACUCUGUUAUCCGUGGUUUCUCACUUCCAAAAGUUGUUUGGCAUGACCUCCCUCAGUGGGGUCUACCCACGUAUGAAUGAGGUCUAUACUAGCCUGGGGAAAAUGACGAACACCAUGAGGACCCUCCAAGACAUUUUGGAUCUCGACAGCAGAGUGUCUCCUGCUGAGGUGGUGAACCAGGUUGCCAGACUCGUCCACCUCAAUGAACUUAAUGCCAGUUUCUGUAAUCUGGUGGAAGAUGAUGAUAUUCAGAGGAUCUUUGUCAAAGUGAAGCAGCAUGAGGAGUUUUUCCCUGCGUUCCAUGCUGUCAUCAGUGAAAUGUUACAGGUUCUAGGGGUCAGUCAUCUGGAUGACAUCCUCCCAGCUCUGAAGUCUUUGAAACAAACAGCACAAUGACCUACUGCUUCAGCUGACCUCAGUGCUGUGUUUGAUGA